ACUGCAGUCCUGGAGAAAAGAGCUCUUCUUGUGCGUUAUCGAUGUAAACCAAGCAGGAACAAUGGAAUUUUUGAAAAGCUACCCCCACGAGGUCUUUCUUUCCCGCCAGCGGAACUGAGGCGCUGGGCCCUUCAGCCGCCGGGGGGACCAGAGAGGAACGGACUCACGGCCCGGCAGUUGCCUGGUAACGCCCGCUGGAGGAGUCCCGGCGUAGGAAGGUCCCGGAGAAGUGUCACCAGCCCCGUGUGAGAGACCCGUUCUCCCCGCGCCAGCUGUCCCCGCGGCUGGGCGGGCUGGGGCCGCGGAAAUGUUGCAGGAGGAGUCGGAUCUGUCUCUCGUUAUUGCCCAGAUAGUCCAGAAGCUCAAGGGCUCCAAUUUAUACGCUCAGUUGGAACGGCAGGCCUGGGCCAGUCUUCAGAGACCUGAGAUUAAACUUCAGUCACUAAAAGAAGAUAUUAAGGAAUUCUUUAAAAUAUCAGGUUGGGAGAAGAAACUUCAGAAUGCUGUUUAUAGUGAACUGAGUGUGUUUCCUUUACCUAGUCACCCUGCUGCACCUCCUGAACAUCUGAAAGAACCUUUGGUUUACAUGAGGAAAGCACAGGGAAGUUGGGAAAAAAGAAUUUUGAAGAGUUUAAAUAGCAUGUGCACUGAACUGAGUAUCCCAUUGGCACGAAAGAGGCCAGUUGGAGAACAGAAAGAACUUCUCAAUAAAUGGAAUGAAAUGGGAACUGAUGAACCAGAUUUAAGCCUUUUCAGACCUGUUUAUGCACCAAAGGAUUUUCUGGAGGUGUUAAUUAAUCUUCGCAACCCAAAUUAUGAAAAUGGUGAUUCUCUUAGUUUCAGGACCCAUUUGGGCUUAAUCCAAGUACCUCUGAAAGUAAAAGACAUCCCUGAAUUGAAAGAAUUCUUUGUAGAACUCGGCUUAACUACAGGACAGCUAGGUAUAGAUGAUUCUACACAAGUGCCUCCUGAACUUUUUGAAAAUGAGCAUGUACGUAUUGGGCAAAAAGUUCUAGCAGAACAAGACAGUGCUGCUGCUCAACAGUAUAUCAGACAAGGAAGCCCCACAGCACUGAGAGCAGAAUUAUGGGCUCUCAUUUUGAAUAUUUCCAGUCAACCAGAGGAUAUCUUGUAUUAUGAGCAGCUUAAGACCAAUGUAAUACAACAUGACCUUUUGGUGGACAGUCUAAUCUAUAAAGAUGUGAAGUUGACAGCAAGCAACGAUGAUUAUUAUUUUGUAUUUGAAGAUUAUUUGUAUCAGGUAUUACUUUGUUUUUCCCGGGACACAUCUGUGUUGGGUCAUUUUGCGUACAACAGUGCUUCACCACCGAAAUCAUACAUAAGAGGAAAACUAGGACUAGAAGAAUAUGCAGUCUUUUAUCCACCAAAUGGUGUAAUCCCUUUCCAUGGAUUUUCAAUGUAUGUUGCACCACUUUGUUUUCUCUACCAUGAACCUUCCAAAUUGUAUCAGAUAUUCCGUGAGAUGUAUGUGCGUUUUUUCUUCAGACUCCAUUCCAUCUCUUCUCAUCCUUCUGGUAUUGUGUCCCUCUGUUUGCUGUUUGAAACUCUUCUUCAGACCUAUCUCCCUCAGCUCUUCUAUCAUCUACGAGAAAUCGGGGCUCAACCACUUCGCAUAUCCUUUAAGUGGAUGGUUCGAGCUUUCUCUGGAUACUUAGCUACAGAUCAACUCCUACUUUUGUGGGAUAGAAUCCUAGGAUACAACUCUCUGGAAAUUCUUGCUGUGCUGGCAGCUGCUGUGUUUGCUUUCCGAGCAGUGAACCUGAUGGAGGUGACAUCACUGGCCGCAGCUGAAGCAGUUCUUGCUGACCUUUCUACUUUAAAAGUUAUGCCUCUUCUUCAAAUUUUUCUGUUUGCUACUGUCACCUGAUCUUCUUCAAGGUCACUGACAACACAUCUAGUUUUUCAUUAGAAAAUAAUCAUGAACUAUGCAAACUCUGCAUAAAACCAAAAUGAAACUUUGCAUAUAAGCCAAUAAAGAUCAUGUUCCCUCUUCAGUUAAACCUAAAUAGUUUUUCACUUUUUGAAACAAUAACUCCGCACACCAAAUAUUGCACUGCAUGCUGCUGGUUUUCAAGAGAGAAGCAAUAGACAUGACUUCUGCUGAAUUGAGCAUACUAUAUAUAUACUCCUGACUUGUAAAAGGCAUGUAACAAUAUAUGCAAUAGGAACUAAAGAUACUGUAAUAAACUUGAAGAGGUGAUGUAGCCUCUGGGACAGUU